UUCCUUCUCCCUUUCACUCAACGCGUAGUACAUCUCUUCUUCUUCUUCGUUUAGUUGAAGUGAUCAGGACUCAGGAGAGAGAUGGCUCAGGGAAGUGGCAGUGCUGGCGGAGCGACCCGCGCCCUCGGGCUGGGCACAUUGCUCUGCCUCCUCCUCCUACUCGCCCACACCGCCGACGCCGCCACCUACACCGUCGGCGACAGCGGCGGCUGGACCUUCAACAUGGCCAGCUGGACCCGCGGGAAGCGCUUUCGCGCCGGCGACGUCCUCGUGUUCAGGUACAGUCGCUCGGUGCACAACGUGGUGCCGGUGAGCGCGGCCGGCUACAACGGCUGCUCCGCGCCGCGCGGCUCCAGGACCUACAACUCCGGCAACGACCGCAUCACCCUCGCCAGAGGCCGCAACUACUUCAUCUGCAGCAUCGCCGGCCACUGCCAGUCCGGCAUGAAGAUAGCAGUCGUCGCUGCCUGAUCUGUGACCAUGCAUCAGUAAUUUAUCGAUUUCCCUUUAGAUAUAUAUAUAUCAGCCAUCGAGUGAUCUGAAUAAAUAUACUUUGAUCUCCAGUUUGUAUGGAUCAAGCUAGUCAAAGUAGGAUAGUUAAUUAAGUUUGUACCAGUAAAAGGUUUGAGCAUUAAAAAUAAUGUAAGCUGCUUGGAUUUUAUUCCAAGUUCAGUUGCUUUCUGACGAA